AUGAAGUUGACAUCUGUUUAUUUAAGCCUUCUCUUUUCGCUUGCAGCUGUUCCAAGCGUCUAUGCCUGUAACGGCUACGAAGGAGGCCUCCCCUCCCACAACAACCACCACUCCAAUUCGCAGGUCAUCGAGGUCCCAGCUGGUGAGGUCUAUGACGGGAAGUGGGCUAAAUAUGACCGGGGAUCUGGUGCCUGCAAUGAACAGAAUGAGGGAGACUGGCGUGAUGCCGUCUUCUACCUUCGCCGUGGCGCUACUUUGAAGAACGUCAUCAUAGGCAAGGACCAAGCUGAGGGCGUCCACUGUGAUGGUCCUUGCACUCUUGAGUUUGUCUGGUUUGAAGAUGUUUGCGAAGAUGGUAUCUCGGUAAAGAACGACAGACCUGGCGACGAGACCUGGAUCAUUGGCGGCGGCGCCUUUAAGGCCCAGGAUAAGAUCAUUAUCAAUUUCUACGCCGAAGACUAUGGGAAGGUCUAUCGCUCGUGCGGGAACUGUAGCAGUCAGUGCAAACGCAAUGUUUACGUCGAAGGUGUGACAGCGUACAAUGGUGGCGAGAUUGUUGGCAUCAACGAGGCAUUCGGUGACACUGCCACAUUGAGGAAUGUCUGCACAGAUGCGAAAGAGGCGUGCUGGAUAUAUGAUGGUUGUGCAGGUGGCUGCUCCCCUCAGAAAGUUCGUCCUUGCUCUGGCUAA